AUGGCAUCCAUGAGUUUCGCCUUAACUCGUUUCUCUGGACUAUCUGCUAAAACCAGCUUAUCCUCCGCCGACUUUGAUCCCUCCUCUCGCCGGAAUUUUCUACCGCCGACUAGAGUUGGUCUUAAGAUCUCUUCUUCCUCCGCCGCCGAGUCGGAGCCUGAUCUUAGUGUCACCGUAAAUGGUCUGAAAAUGCCAAAUCCUUUCGUGAUCGGGUCGGGUCCACCCGGUACCAACUACACCGUCAUGAAGCGAGCCUUCGAUGAAGGUUGGGGAGCCGUCAUCGCCAAAACCGUAUCAUUAGAUGCAGCCAAAGUUAUCAAUGUAACACCUCGAUAUGCCCGGCUACGAGCUGGAUCCAAUGGCUCAGCCAAAACAGAUGUAAUUGGGUGGCAGAACAUUGAACUCAUUAGCGAUCGACCGCUCGAAACCAUGCUCAAAGAGUUUAAGCAGUUGAAAGAAGAGUACCCUGAUCGGAUCCUUAUAGCUUCGAUCAUGGAGGAAUACAACAAAGCUGGUUGGGAAGAGCUCAUUGACCGCGUUGAGCAAACCGGUGUUGAUGCUUUAGAAAUCAACUUCUCGUGUCCUCACGGAAUGCCAGAACGCAGAAUGGGUGCCGCUGUUGGACAAGAUUGCGCGCUUCUUGACGAGAUUUGCGGAUGGAUUAAUGCUAAAGCUACUGUUCCAGUAUGGGCUAAGAUGACUCCUAAUAUCACUGACAUAACAGAGCCGGCUAGGGUAUCUCUAAAAUCAGGAUGUGAAGGAGUUUCAGCCAUCAACACAAUCAUGAGUGUAAUGGGAGUUGAUCUCAAGACGCUGCGUCCUGAGCCAUGUGUUGAAGGUUACUCAACUCCAGGAGGAUACUCUUAUAAGGCCGUUCGCCCAAUUGCGCUUGCUAAAGUUAUGAACAUUGCCAAAAUGAUGAAAUCUGAGUUCAGUGGGAAAGAUUACUCGCUUUCAGGUAUUGGAGGUGUCGAAACUGGAUAUAAUGCCGCUGAAUUCAUUCUCCUCGGAUCAAAUACUGUACAGGUAUGCACCGGUGUGAUGGUCCACGGCUAUGGUCACGUGAAAACCUUAUGCGCCGAGCUUCAAGAUUUUAUGAAACAGCAUAACUUCUCGACAAUCGAAGACUUCAGAGGGCACUCGCUUCAGUACUUUACAACACACACAGAUUUAGUGAAAAGACAGAAAGAAGCAAUUGAGCAGAGAAAAGCAGAGAAGAGAGGUUUGAAAUCUGAUAAAGAUUGGACCGGAGAUGGGUUCGUGAAGGAGACUGAGAGUAUGGUUUCUAACUAA